AUGGGAUAUCCAGCUCAUGUACCGAGAGGAGGCGCCAGUACCAAUGGAGUUGGCUUUCGAGGUUCCCCGAGAGGUGGUGGUGGUUUUCGAGGGUUAUCAAGAGGUGGUGGAUUUCGUGGGUCACCCCGAGGAGGAAGUGGUCGAGGUGGUUUUGGUGACAAAAACAGUGUUGGAAUGGGAAGUUUUGGUGACAGGAGAAGUGGUGGCGGUGGUGGAAGAGGCUUUCGUGGUAUGAAUGGAGCAGAUGUUCGCGGAGGUGGAAGAGGACGAUCACCGCGUGGUCGUGCAAGUCCUCGAGGUGGAGGACGAGGUGGAGGAAUGCGGGGUGGCAGAAAGGUUAUCAUCGAGCCACACCGACAUGAAGGUGUUUUUAUCAUCAAAGGCAAAGAGGAUGCAUUGGGUACUCGGAACUUAGUUACUGGUGAAUCAGUGUACGGUGAAAAAAGAGUGUCCAUUGAAAAUGAUGAUAAGGAAAAGGUUGAAUAUCGGGUUUGGAAUCCUUUCCGAUCAAAAUUGGCAGCUUCAAUACUUGGUGGUUUGGAUGAUAUACAUAUCAAACCGGGAUCAAAGCUUCUGUAUUUGGGUGCUGCAUCGGGCACUACUGUAUCUCACUGCUCUGAUAUCGUUGGUCCAGAUGGUUUGGUUUAUGCCGUGGAAUUUUCUCAUAGAUCUGGUCGAGAUCUGUUGAAUAUAGCAAAAAAGAGACCAAAUAUCAUUCCCAUUGUAGACGAUGCUCGUCAUCCUCAAAAAUACAGGAUGCUUGUCGGAGUGGUGGAUACGAUAUUUUCUGAUGUAGCGCAGCCUGAUCAAGCCAGAAUUGUUGCUAUAAAUGCCCACCAUUUCUUGAAAAAUGGCGGUCAUGUUGUAAUCUCGAUUAAGGCGAAUUGCAUUGAUUCGACGGCAGCACCGGAAGCAGUGUUUGCUGGUGAAGUGAAUAAACUAAAGGAGGAAAAGUUUAAGCCACGUGAGCAAGUGACGCUGGAACCAUAUGAAAGGGAUCAUGCGGUUGUGGUCGCUGAGUACCGUCCGUUGAAGAAGAAACAAAGCUAA